AUGGCGAACGAAAACUCCGAGAUCCCCGAAUGGCAGGAGCUGGUCGCUCGCAAGCGCAACGAAUGCCAAGAGAAAAUCCCAAGCGAGUGGACGCUGAGUGCUGACCUAUUGAAUGCACCCCCGCACUUGUUGGAAUAUGAUGCUUCCCGUAAAAGUGGCUUGCUUUCGGAGCUUGAAUUGGAUCUCACGGAGAACUAUACAGCAACACAAUUGCUGGUGAAACUUGCCUCUGGUCAUAUCAGUUCUUUGGCCCUUACGACGGCGUUGUGCAAACGAGCUGCGAUUGCGCAGCAGCUGACCUCAUGCCUCACUGAGACGUGCUUUCCACAAGCCCUGGAUCGAGCUCGGUUCUUGGAUGAGUACCUUGAGCGAGAAAAGAAGCCUAUCGGCCCGCUUCAUGGGCUGCCUAUCAGUAUGAAGGAUAGUUUCUGUAUUGAGGGCUUGCAGUCAACCGUGGGAUAUGUCUCGUUUCUGAAGAAUGACCCGGCGACAAAGAAUUCUGCUCUAGUCGCAAUGCUGUUAGAGCAAGGAGCGGUCCUGUAUGUCAAGACGAAUAUCCCGCAGACAAUGAUGACUGGAGACUCCGAAAACAACAUCUUCGGUCGUACUCUCAAUCCUCACAAUACAUCUCUGACAGCUGGCGGGUCCAGCGGCGGCGAAGGCUCCCUCGUGGGAUUUCGGGGAUCAGUCCUAGGCGUCGGCACUGAUAUCGCGGGCUCAAUUAGAAUCCCAGCUCUAUGCUGCGGUGUAUAUGGGUUCAAGCCAACAGCUCAACGUAUUCCAUUUGGUGGACAGGUCUCAGGUGCAAUGGAAGGCCUACCAGGUCUGAUACCUGCUGCUGGUCCAUUGGGUCACAGUAUUGCCGAUCUGCAGCUAUUCAUGAAAACUGUCCUUAGUGAGGGCAAAGCUUGGGAAUAUGACUCUGCGGCCUUUGCUGCGCCAUGGAACGACAGCCCGCGUGCAACCACCGAGAAUAAUGGAAGUCUGACCAUUGGAGUCCUUGCCGAGGAUAAAGAAUUCCCGCUUCACCCCCCUGUCAAGCGAGCUCUGAAUCAAGCUAUUGCGAAGCUGACUCGCGCUGGUCACCGCAUUGUUUACCUUGAAAGCGACAAAGAAGAGCUUUCUGUCGCUUAUUUGUCUCGCCUGGCCUUUCAAUAUUUCAUUUAUGGUCCCUCGGACGAUAACAUCAAAUCCAGUGGUGAACCGCUAGUGAAAUCGGUGGCCAGGUUUGAUUCUCCCAUGUUCACUGGUCCAUUCCCAGUCGAUAUGGAACUGGAUACAUUUGAGAAGAUCAAUAAGCUGCACAAAGCUCGCACUCGAGUCAACAAUGCUUGGCGUCAGGUCUGGGUUGAUCAGAAGCUAGAUGUGGUACUAGCCCCAGGGGCACAGAACACUGCAGUUGCGCACGACACCUAUGGAUGGCCGCCGUAUACGGUGAUGUGGAAUGUGUUGGAUUAUCCCGCUUGCAUUAUUCCGUUUGGAAAGGCGUCAAAAGAGCUGGAUCCGGAGCCAAUGAAAACCGAUGACAAAGUUCAGCCAAAUUACAACCCAGAUGAAGUUGAUGGCGCACCGUGUGCCAUUCAAAUCAUCACUCCACGGUUCCAGGAUGAGAAAUGUCUCUGGGCCGCAGAGAUCAUCGAUCAAGCUAUUCGGUUGGUAUAA